AUGGGGCUGACAAGCACACGAAGUGUUGCAAAGGGGAGAAGAAUUGACCUCGGCACCACGUACUCUUGCGCAGCGGUUUUCAAGAGUGGUGCAGUCGAGAUAAUACCAAGCAGUGAAGGCAGCAGGAUUAUGCCCUCUUCAGUGGCUUUCACACCAGGAGAAGAGGUGCCUCUGAUUGGCGAGUCUGCAAAGGAUCUUACACUUUCAUCCCCUGCCCAGACACUGUCCAAUGUCAAGCGAUUGAUUGGCCGUGACUACAAGGACGCAGGCGUGCAGCGGGACAGUAAGAUGAUGCCAUUCAAGGUUGUUGCCGACUCCGAUGGCAGCGCUGCCAUCAGCGUGGCUGUCCACGGCCAGGCUAAAGUUCUGAGACCCGAACAGAUCUCGGCCCUUCUGCUCAAAGAACUGAAGGAUCGUGCCCAGAAGUACUUGGGAAGAGACGUCAAACAUGCUGUCGUGAGCGUCCCGGCCUUCUUCAACGACAGACAGCGCGCAGCUGUGAAGACUGCUGCGGCUCAUGCGGGGCUUGAGAUUCUCCGAAUCAUCAACGAGCCGACCGCGGCAGCCGUAGCCUAUGGCUAUGAAAGCAAAGUCGAGGAGGUCAUCUUGGUUUACGACCUGGGUGGCGGCACGUGUGAUGUGUCGGUGUUAAAGACUGGCUCCAGCGGCGUGCUUCAGGUGUUGGCAACCAGUGGAGAGCCUCGCCUGGGAGGGGAGGACUUCGACCGACGGUUGGUGACACACCUGAUAGAUAUCUUCAAGAAGAAGUUCAGCAAGGACGUUUCUGUCGAGCCACAGUUGCUUGAAAUGCUUCGGGUGGAAGCGGAGAAGGCCAAGCGAAAGCUCAGCACCGUGCCGCAGGCGACCGUCAAGGUUGACUUCGGCGACACGACCCUGGCGGAAACUCUGACGCGAGGACAGUUCGAGAAGCUCAACGACGAGCUCUUUAGAAGGACCCUGGAACCUGUGCAGUCGGUUCUGAAAGACGCGGGACUGCACAAGUCCGAGGUGACCACCGUCAUCCUCGCGGGCGGCUCCUCGCGCAUCCCGAAGGUGCAGCAGAUGCUGAGCCAGUUCUUCGAUGGCAAAGAGCUCAUGAGAAGGAUAAACCCGGAUGAAGUCGUUGCUUACGGCGCCGCAGUGAUGGCCGCUGGCCUGAGUUCCGAACAGAGUGUAGAGUACGGUGGCCUCAUCGAUGUCAUCCCACUCUCGCUUGGCAUUCAGACAGCUGGAGGCUUCAUGACUACCGUGCUAAAUCGCAACGCGCAGUUGCCGGCCGAGAACUCGAUGCUCUUCUCGACCAACAAGGAUGGUCAGGAAGUGGCCAGCAUCAAAGUCUUCCAGGGCGAGCGACGGAUGGCUCGCAAUAACCACUUCCUGGGAAGCUUCCAAAUCAAAGGCAUCCCUGCAGCCCCAAGAGGAGUGCCGCAGAUUCAGGUCCUUUUCAAGGUGGACGAAAAUGGCUUGCUUACUGUGGAAGCGAACAGCAAAGAUUCGGGUAAACGCAGCGAGCUCGUCAUCAAGCAAGAGCGCUUCCUUAGCGGAGAGCAAAUUCAGGAGUCGCUCUCCGAGGCGGAAUCCUUCGCCAAGGAUGAUCAGAGAGAGUUUGAUCGCGCAGAGGCACGCAUGGCGUUGAAAGCCUUGGUUCGAUCUCUGCAUUCAGCUGCAGAGUCCGCAUCGGAAGAGGAUGCAGGCAUUCUCCUGGAAGCAGCUUCCGAGGGUCAGGAUUGGCUGGCUGCAAACCCCGAUGCUGAAGCUGAGGAAAUACAUGAGAAGCGGGAGGAACUGGAAGCCAAUGCGCCGGAGCUGCCUACUAAGCCGACUUCAGCUAGCAGUGGUGAGGGCGGUGGUGAGCUCGACAUGGAGGGUCACGACGAGCUCUGA